AUGGCUCAUUCAGUCAACCCUCUGUUACUUGCUAAGCUUCAGGAAUGGUGUAAAGAAGUAGGAGUAAAUCCAGCCAAUGCUCUGAUACUUGGUAAUGUACCUGAAGGGAUUGUUGUAGCUGAUAUAACAGAGUCACUAGAAGCUGUAAAAGUACUCGGCCGAGUUCGCUACAAAGCUAGAAAAGUAUUUCCACCGCUACAACAUGACAUGAUACUCUGUGAGUGCAGAAAUCCAGUUGACCCUCAGACAGUUCCCCCUGAGAUCUACCCCAUUGGUGAUGGAACCCCAUGGACGACGACCAUUCUCACAUGUGCCACUGCUCCUCCUGAUGAUUUCACACUGAAAUUGCUAACCUUACUGCAAAGUGAAGGUAAAUCACUGAAUGACCUCCAACCAUUACUUGAGCAAAGUACAUCCACACAGUCCGACCCAACCUCCAUCAUUCGUGCUGUGGGAGAGUUGUUGGAAAAAACAAUGCGACCCCCACAAGAGAAUAAUGCCUUUCGAAGGUUACGUGUCUUUUCAGGAGUGUUGCCCACACCCGCAGGGGAGGAGACCCUCGAAAACUGGCUCGAGCAGGCACAGGUGAUGUUGGAUGAAUGUGAUGGUUCUGUAAAAGAGAAAAAGAAGAGGAUUGUGGAAAGCGUCAGAGGUCCAGCAUUUGAGAUAAUCCAAGCUGUGCGAUGCAAUGAUGCAGAGGCGCGUCCAGAAGAUUAUCUGGCAGCUUUGGAAAAUGCCUUUGGAGUCACCAAGUCUGGUGAAGACUUUUACUUUACCUUCUGA